AUGGAUUAUAAUUUCAUUACUACAGUUGAAUUAUCAUUAAAUUUAAAAAAAGAUAUUGAAGGAUUAACAUUAUCAACAACAACAUCAUCAGAAGAAAUCAUUGGUCAAUAUGGUCCACUCGUUAAUGAUUUAGAACCAGAUUUAAAAAUUAGACAUGCAUGUUGUUCAGAUUCAAUUUAUUAUUAUUGUUAUAUUAUCUCCCCUAUUUUUAUAUUGGCCAAAAAAUUACUAUAUAAGUUAAUAAUAAAAAUCAGACGAAUUGUAAUAAAUUUUUUAUGUGGUAUUAAAUUUUUUUAUUUUUUUUAUUUUAUACAUCUGUUCUAUGGAAUAUGGGAUUAA